AUGAGUUACCAGGCCUUGGGAGAUAACAAUCAGGGGGGCUACGGCCAAUACAACCCCUAUGGUAGCCAACAGAACCCUUACGCCGAGCAGCAACAGAGCUAUGGUUAUGGAGGCGCUGCGGAGCAAGGCAAUGGUGGAUAUGAGAUGUCCAACAUGCAGCAAUCCGGAGGUCCAACUGCAAUCCUGAACAAGUGCAAGGAGAUGAACGAUGCCAUUAGUGAGCUGCGCACCAAGCGCGAAGGUCAGCUCGUCUCAGCUCAGAACGCCCUGCUGGACUCCAGCACCGGCAAGGAGGAUCAGGCCGCCCGUCAGAACGUCGACUACAUCGAGGAUGAGAUCAACACCGCUCUUCGCUACCUGCGCGACCAGUUCAAGCGCAUUAAGGAGACUCCCGGCUCCGGCGAUUCUCGUGUUUCUGGUCAAGUCGAGAAUGUCAACCGCAACCUGCGCCGCGAGAUCGAGCAGUACCAGCGCACUCAGUCCGAUUUCCAGAAGCGUCUGGAGGAGCAAGUGCGCCGCCGUUACGAAAUCGCCAACCCCGAGGCUACUCCCGAGGAGUUGGAGCAGGGUGUGCAGCUUGUUCUGGCUGGACAGGAGCAGAGCUUCGCUGUGCCCGGUACCCGUUCGCGCCAGGCCAACGAUGCCCGCCAGGCUACUCUCCAGCGAUCCGCCGCCAUCCGUAAGAUCGAGCAGGAUAUGAUUCAGCUCGGUCAGCUGUACCAGGAAGUCGCUGAGUUGAUUCACCAACAAGAGCCUGCUGUCACUCAGAUCAACCAGGGUGCUGAGGAGACACACCGCAAUGUCGCGGAAGCCAACACUAAGCUGGAUAGCGCCAUUACAAGCGCCCGCAACGCCCGACGAUGGAAGUGGUAUGCAUUGGGUAUUAUUCUACUCAUUAUUAUUAUCGUCGUCGCCAUUGCUGUUGGUGUCACCGAGGCCAACAAGAAUUAA